GGCACUGUACACCCACAAGAUCUGUGCUUUCUAACAAGACAUUGACGGCUGUUUAUUUUAAUUUAACACAUUAAACCUUCCCCACACAGUUUUCAGUCGGAUUCUUCUUUAUAUCCACAUUAUUUUUCUUUACACCUUUUUUCCUCUAUUGCCGGUUGGAUUUACAAAGGGCGUGUUUGGGCGAUCUGUACCGGGAGUUUCAUCUCCUGUACUUGGGCGACUCUGAGGAAUGACAGCAAUUGGAAAAGCACUGCGAUCCGCCUGAAUGGAAACAAUGGAUUAUAAAGACCUUGGACAUAAUUUGGAGCAGAAGCUGACUCUAACAGAUACAACUCUGCCCUUGCAGACGGAGACUCAGUCCAUCCCGAAUGGGGACAAAUCUUUUGGGAAAGACCUCCUGAGUCCAGAUGACUCAGCCUUCACAGACCUCUCUCCCAAAACAGACUCCUACCCCAAAACAGAAACCCCCACCGAGACAGAUGUCUCCAUCAAGACAGACGCCAGGCCAUCCACCCCGGGCUCCAACAGCAGCCCUCAGCCCAAGAAAGAUGUGAUAAGCUCAGAGCAGCGACAGAAACUUGCCAAGGAAAGGAGAGAGGAAAGAGCCAGAUAUAUCGCGGUGAAGAAGGCCCAGUGGCUGGAGAAGGAGGACAAGGCCCGGCGUCUGAGAGAGAGCCAGCUGGAAGACCGCCGGAGGAAGCUGGAGGAGCAGAGGCUGAAGGCUGAGAAACGUCGAUCCCUGCUGGAGGAGAAACAGAGACAGAAACUAGAAAAGAACAAGGAGCGAUACGAAGCAGCUAUCAAGCGGUCGACAAAGAAGACGUGGGCCGAGAUCCGUCAGCAAAGGUGGUCCUGGGCAGGCGGACUCAACCAGACCUCCCGCAGGGAAAGCAGAUGCUCGGCCUCCACGGUCAACUUGCCGAGACAGGUGGACCCUGUCAUUAACAACAGGCUGUCCAAAUCCUCUGCUACCCUCUGGAACUCCCCCAACAGAACCCGCAGCCUGCGUCUGAGCCCGUGGGAGAGCAAGAUCGUGGAGCGGCUCAUGACGCCUACGCUGUCCUUCCUGGCUCGCAGUCGCAGCGCCGCCACCCUCCUCAACAACAGUGACUCUCCCUCUGCCAGCCCGCUGAACGCUUCCUCCCACCACCGCCCGCACCAGAGCACCGCCGAGCGCUGGAGGGUCUCCUCUGCCAGCACGCCAGACAUCACCCAGCGUCAGCGCCGGCGAAACUCCACACCGGUGGACAAAAAGAAGAAGGAGAAGAAAGACAAGGAGAGGGAGAACGAAAAAGAGAAGAGCUCUAUCACAAAAGACAAGGUGCAGAAGAAGAGACAGACGGCGUCGCCCAUCACUACAACCCAGAGAUCCAGGCCAGAGAGCAGCACCCCGAAGCCCAAAAACAGACCUCCAUCGCCCGCGGCCCCCAAAAGUCGGCCCUUGUCCCCCUUGGUGCCAGCAGCAGCAGCAGCAGCAGCAGCGGCGGCAGCCAAGACGCCCACGGGCAAGAAGACACCUCCUCCUGGCACCAAGACCAGACCUAAACGGGCCCAGACGCCCGCCAGGGUACAGCCCCAGACGGUCACUGCGGUCACCGUGGAAACGGGCCACGAACCCCAGCAGCCCGACACUCCAGAGGAGAAGAAGAACUCCGGUAACGUUCCUGCCAUUGUGGUGUCCUCUGCGCCCAUUACCCCUCCUUCCCUCACCCCACCAGUUGUAGCAACAUCAUCUCCUGCUGUGCCGAGCGUCGAGCCAGCUGCCCCAGCUGCAUCUCCUGUAGCAGCCUCUGCUAGUAAUCCGACUCGUUCUCCUACACCCACCGCUGCAGCCGCCCCUGCAGCCACCCCUGCUGCUGCUCCCGCCACCCCGGCUGCACCAACCAGCAGGCCGUCAGCAGGCACCAACAACCCAGAGGAGGCUUCUCGCGUCCUGGCAGAGAAACGCAGACAAGCCCGAGAGCAGCGUGAGAGGGAGGAGCAGGAGCGCCUGGAGCAGGAGCAGAGGAACAGGAUUCUGCGGGAGGAGGCGAUGGCGCGGGAGGUCGAGGAGAGAAAGCGCAGAGAGGAGGAGGCUCAAUUCAUGGCUGAGCAGCAGCGCAUGAGAGACGAAGCUCAGCGGGCUCAGGAUGAGAAGGAGGCGCAGGAGAAAGCCAAAGCUGAGGCGGAGGAGAACGAGAAGCUGCAGAGACAGAGGGAGGAGGCUGAAGCUAAAGCCCGUGAAGAAGCCGAGCGUCAGCGCAUAGAGAGGGAGAAACACUUCCAGAAAGAAGAGCAGGAGCGACUGGAGAGGAAGAAGCGCCUUGAGGAGAUCAUGAAGAGGACUCGGAAGAGUGAUGCAGGAGAUAAGAAGGAUGUCAAAGCCUCUCCACAGGUCAACGGCAAGGACACAGAGCUCAAUAAGACUCCUGGAAACCUGCAGAGUCCCGCUGCAGCAGUGCUCAGCCAGUCACAAAGUGUGUCCAGCCCCGUUGUAAACGGCGUCCAGCCCUCAGCUCACCAGAACGGCGUCUCAGCCAACGGAGAGGCGGCUGACUUCGAGGACAUCAACCAGCUGAACAAAAGCGGUAAUCCAGCACAAAAUCAGAGCGGGCUGGUCGGCGACCCCAUCCUGGCGUUUGAGGGAGGAGAGCCAUUCCUGAUGAAAACAGGCCAGAUGAAGCCUCAGCAUGUUGCAGAGGUCCUGUGAGUCCCCACACAUCACAUGGAGAUGCGCCUUAUGUCUCUGCUUGAGUUAUGAGAUUCAUGCCACACCACAGCGGCUUAAAAAAUGUGUGUGCCAAACAAACUAUGAACUGCGCUGAAUUCACAUCUACAGUAUCUGCAGCAGAGGACAAAGAGGAGGAGAUGAACUCUGCCCGGAGAAAAGAAAAAAAAAAGUACUCAUCCGAAAUGUAGAAAAAUAAAAAAUGCAACAAGUAUUCUCUCUCUGUCUUCACCGCGUGUUUAUGGUGCAGCAUCUGUCAAGUUUUAUUGAAAUGUCACAUGCAGAUUUUAUGGUGCACCUUAAAGAUGACUGACUGUGUAACACAUUUUAGAAAAUACAUUAUAAGAUCCUGGAAAUACAUAAUAUUUGACAAUGGUUGUUAUUAUUACCGUCGUUAUGAUAUUGUUAUCUUAAGUUGAACAAUGUGUGUGUGUGUUUGUUGUUUUUGUCUUGAAUUAUUGAGUUAUUUAACAUGGGGAGCAUUGUAAGGACUGGCCACAGACAGUGUAUGUAAAUGUAUAAUGAGCCUGGCUGCCUAGGCCUCCUGUUACAGGGGAUCUGUGAAAUAAAGCUUUAUGAAAGGGACUCGUUGUGUGUCUG